CCCCGUAACCGGGCCGGGCCACGCCGCUCCCUGCUGCCGCGCCGCUCGCUCCCGGCUCCAAGAUGCCUCUGUUCAGCGUGCCCAAAGAAGUGGCCGUGGGGACGGCGAUGCUGGGGGUCGCCUUUGCCACGGGUGUGCUUGCAGGUAAAAGAUUCCCUUUAGUUUUUGGGACACAGAGUGGUAUGAUGGGGAGGAACAGUCCUCUCCGGCAAUACAUACUGGAUCACUCUUUGCGAGAACAUCCAAUUCUAAAGAAGCUGCGUCUGCUCACUGCUGGUCAUCGCUGCGGCAGAAUGAUGGUAUCCUGUGAGCAGGCUCAGCUUAUGGCAAAUUUGGUCAAACUCAUUAAAGCCAAGAAAGUCAUUGAAGUAGGUGUUUUCACAGGUUAUAAUGCCUUGAAUAUGGCACUUGUCCUGCCAGAUAAUGGCCAAGUUAUUGCCUGUGAUAUAAAUGAGGACUAUGCCAAAAUUGGAAGGCCACUGUGGAAGGAGGCAGGAGUAGAGCAUAAAAUUGACCUGCGGAUUAAGCCAGCAAUUCAAACACUCAAUGAACUGUUGGCCAGUGGAGAAGCGGAAACCUUUGACUUUGCUUUCAUUGAUGCCGAUAAAGAAAACUACGAUGAGUACUACGAAAAAUGCUUGCGCCUCAUAAAGAAAGGGGGAAUAAUAGCUAUUGAUAACGUCUUUUGGAAUGGAAAGGUACUAAAACCAAGGAAGGGUGACUUGGCAGCGCAGAGUAUCCACCGCCUCAAUGAGAAGCUUCUCAGAGAUGCACGUGUCAAUAUCAGCAUGCUCCCAAUGGGGGAUGGAGUCACAUUAGCAUUCAAGCUGUAACUCGAGGAAGCUCAGCAGAUGGAAAAUAGCAAGCAGCAUCAACUCAUCAGAAAAAAUGCAGGUGGAACAGUAUCAAAAAUUUAACUUAGCCUAUAUCUCCACUGGAUAACAGUCUGGGAAAGAGCCUAUAUCUCCACUGGAUAACAGUCUGGGAAAGUGGACUUUAGGAGCAGCAGGAUCCUAAGGGAAGCUAAGUAGAAAAGAGAGAAUUAUUAUGAGAUCUACUAUUUCUUAUUUUAAUUGUAAUAAAGGAAAUAAACUUAGGUGAAAUUGUCCUUGUCAGACAGUGGUUGAAAAAAAAUCCCCCUCUAUAGAUUGUCCCAAGUGACUCAAUACAACAAAGUAAUUUUCUGUGCUAGAAGAGCCUCUUGAGCAGCAGAAUAAUCAGUCAGUACCAUCAAAAGGAAAAGAAAUGCAGUUUACUAAUGUUUAUAGCCAUAAUAGAAAAAUGGAUUUUUAAUGAAAUUAUAUCAAGGAGAUUGCUAACCUUUUCAGACUAAAUAUAUUGUACGUCAUUCCUUAUCUUUGAAGAGUACUACAGAACAAGCCUCAAAAAGACACCAUCUGAAAAAAAAACCAAAACAUUCUUUUUAAAACCUUGCAAAGGACAAACAGUAUUGGCUAUACAGUAACUGUAUUGUCUAAAACCUUUGUGCACAGGGACUGGAUUUCUUUAACCUAGGUAACAGCACAGGUAGAUUUUCUUUUAAGUCAGAAUGUGGAAAAGCAAAUGGGCAAGAAGUAAACCAAAUCAAUUCUCCCUCUUUCCUGUGUCACUCCCCCUUGCCCCCUCAAAGAAGCAACUUGCUAGUUGCUUGUUCCCUAGAAAGUUGAAAAUACAGUAUUGGUGGCAAGCCUACAGAAGAAUUAUUAUUGUAUGAGGAUUGCAUGUAACAAAAUCUCAGCCUGCAAUUCUUUAUUACAGAUAAAAA